AUGGCCGGCUUCUUCGUGUGGUCAGAGCCUCGACUCGGCUCCACGGGGUUCAAAGACACUUAUGUGGUUUCCAUCGGCACCAAGAGCAAGGCGAUUUGCCGCCGUCAAGAUCAGGCAGAAGCUGAGCGAUUGCGUGUGAAGUUGGAAGCCAGCAAGCUCACUACGGUUCCGGAGCUGAAAGACUUUCUGAAGAAGCUCUUGCUGGAGGAGCAUGGCAUCGACGCCAAGGUUGGGGAGUCCGCUGCUGUUGAAACUGAGCAGAAGGAGGGGCUUCCAAUGCAGCCGAAAGUCUGGGGAAAGUGA